CAAUUUGGAAAAUUGCAUCUACCCCCCUAGCCGCCACAACAUUUCUCCCUCUCCUCCUUCCAGCCAAGGCACGCAUCCUCCCUGCCUUCUUCCUCCCUGGCUUCCACGGCAGCAAGCAGCAAGCAGGGAGCCGAGCUCCAAGCUCCCAUGCCGUCGAGCUCGGGUUCUUCUCCCAUGGCGUCCUUCCCUCCUCCCCUUCUUCCUCCAGCAAGCAGCGCCCUUCCUCCCUCCCUUGCUGUCCAUGGCGAGCAGCAAACAUCCACCAUGGCGCUCGACGCCUCUCCCCUUCAAGCGUGGCUGCAGCAGGGAGCUGUCUUCUCCAGCGCGCAGGAACGGCAGGGCCGCCCAGCUCUCCUUCCCCAUCCCCAUGGCGCGACGCAUCUGCUCCCUGUCCUCCACUCCAUGGGCGCGAGCUCCACUUUCCAUGGAUGGCGCCCAGAAAAUUUUCCAGCUCCUCCCACGGUGCCCUUCUUCCCCACGAGCCAGGAGCAGCCGCUCCCAUUUUCCUUGCAGCGCCCUGUUCUUUUUCGUCCAGCCGGCUCCCCUUUUUCACAUGGCCGAACACAGCUCCCUGUCCAUGGAUGCAGCAGCAGCUCGCCCUGGCCCGACGCCUCUGCUCGGCCAGCAGCCUUCGCGCCCCUAUUCCCCUGCUCGUUCUCCCUUACGCAGCAGCAGCCGUACCUUCCCUGCAGCGCCCCUCUCCAUUUUUCCCCUCUGCUCCCUGUGCGGCGAGCUCAUGUGCUCACAGCACCUCUCCCUGCCUUCUCUCUGUCCCCAGCGACCAGCAGCAAGGACAACCCCCUUCCCUCGCUCCUUUCGGAUGUGCGCGAGGUGUUCGACACAAUGCCUGCGAGGAAGGUAUGUUGUCACAGCACCAUCGACGCUCGUCGGGUAUUUGUUGUUUUUGCGCAGCCCCAAACAUCGUCGUCGUUCACCCUGGAGAGAAACCCCGUGUUUUGCGUAGAGAAGGCAAGCCGCUCGACGCUCGUUGAUGUUUGUAGCGAUGCAUAAAUCGGAAUCACCGUCGUUCUUGCAAACGCCGAUUGGGUUUGUUUAUGACCUCAUAUAGGACCGAGAGAUGAUGAUCGAGCCAGUGAUGUGGUGCCAACCACAAGAUGCCGUGGUGGACGACCUGAAGAAUGGACUUAACUAGUGGAUGCUCGCCAAGCGAGUACCUCCCCAACAAACACUGUCUAAGUGUUAAAUUAAAG